AUGGUGGAUAUAGAUUACUCACGAUCCUCCUCAGCGUCCGAUGCCGAGGAGCCUGAAAUUGCCCCUAGACAGACUCCCAAAAGGCAUCAGGACUUCCGACAGUCAAAUUUCUUUUUCGCUGUCAGCGCUAAGAACCAGGAUACUCUCCGAAGCAACCAGAUAUACAAGAGGAAUCAUUAUGAAAAGGGUUUGACCAAGGAUAAGAGAACUACAGUACAACAGGUGCUAGACAAACGCACUUAUGUACGGUUGAGGAAGUUGUGUGGACAGGGAGUAUUCCAUUAUAUGCACGGUACUAUCAGCACGGGAAAGGAGGCGAAUGUGUUCGAGGCGGAGACUCAGCAUCCAAUAAUAGACGAAACUGAACCAUGCGGCACUGAAGAAGAAGUUAUUGGUGUUAUUAGUUCGCAGCGUAGCUCUGGGGAAGCCGGAGGAGCGCUGUCACCAACCUCACCAAGUGAAACGACAGGUGCAACAGCAGACGACCUGACGAAUAGGUUGGCCAAAACAAGCAUCGGAUCGACGCUAAAAUGCUCGGAUGUGGGCCAAACAAAUCUGCAAUCUGAUGAGCAUGGCCCAUCAAGGGUGGCUAUCAAGGUAUACAAAACCUCUAUUCUGGUAUUCAAGGACAGAUCGCGAUACAUCGAAGGUGAAUUCAGGUUCAGGCGUGCCUAUGUGGGAACUAAAAAUCCCAGGAAAAUGGUCGCCCAGUGGGCGGAAAAGGAAUUCAGAAAUUUGAGACGCAUUGCGCUGUCAGGCAUAUACUGCCCAGCUCCAAUAGCGCUUAGGGACCAUAUCCUAGUUAUGGACCUCAUACUAGAUGGUGAUGUUGUAGCUCCGAAACUGGAAAACCUAGGCCCUCGUCCACUCUUCGAGUGGCAGACAAUAUAUGCACAAACUGUAAGUAUAAUGAGAACAUUAUUCCAGGAGUGCAAACUGAUCCAUGGUGACCUUUCCAGUUUCAACAUGCUCUACUCCAAGGGUAAGUUGUACGUCAUCGACACCUCACAGGCACUGGAAAACGACCAUCCUAAUGCGAUGCCGUUCCUUAAAAGGGAUUGUGAAAAUGUAACCCGCUUUUUCGAAGCUGUCGCUGUUAUGCAUCAUGGCCAAAACGAAGAAAUGCUCCCCUACAAUAAACUUAACCUCGUAACAUCCGAACAGUUGUUCUGCUUCAUCGUAGCACGGAGCCUGGACGGCCUAGACCUAAAGUCGGAGGCUAACGCCAGAGUGCCCUUUCCACAGGUUGAAGACGAACUUUGGCAGGAAGAGGUUCUAGGCAGUGCCAAGAGCUUUUGGAGCAUUGAAGAUGACGAAAUUGAGCGCGAUUCAAUUGAUUGCGUCGAGAAAAUGAGAAGAUUUAACAAAUUUGGCGCUUCAAAAGAUAUUCUGGGACUCGUCAUCAAAAAACGAAAGGCAUAUUUGUCUCUCUGUAGGGCAGUGUAUGAUUUUCUAACUGGGCCGAUAUUUGCAAACGAAGAUUGUAAGGAGCGUAUAUCGUGGAUGAAGAAUGUCAAUUUCGACAAACAACUGCCAAUGAACAUCUCACAGAUGCCAUUAGAGCUCGCUGAAAGUGCAGUGGAACAUGCAGAAAAUGUUAUUAUUGCAAUGAAUGCCGUCAUCGAAGAAGGUUCAUCGGAAGAUGAGGACAAUGGUCGUGACACAGACGACUACGAAGAAGACGAAGAAACAGAUGAAGUCGGAGAUACGGGAAUGCGUAGUCGUGAUGCUCACUCCGAAUCGCCUAUUAAAGAAGCGCCGAAGUUCUCCGGGAAAAUACCCGAUGGUGUCGAUCCAAGGGAUUGGAAGAAAAUGGUCAAGGAAUAUAAUCGAGAGCGACGCAAGCACAAGAUACCGAAGCACAUCAAGAAAAAGUACGGAACUAGCAAGGCCUAG